AUGUUCUUUACCAUAAGCACCCAUAAAAUGAGCUCCAUUGCAGACAGGUAUGCUAUGUUUGAGUUUUGUAAAUUAUUUUUUAUUUGUGCAUUAUUAAUGGUUGCACAUGGUUUAAAACAGAAUUUCAAAGAAGGCCAUUGAAGUUACAGUGUCUCUUUAUAACAGGAGAGGUGAACCUGCAGCUGUCAAGCUGCUUUAGGUGGACUGCCAAUCGCCAGAUGUCUCCUCUCCCUCUUGUGCAGCCCCAUUGCUAGCAAGUCAUUGCAUGAAAAUACUCAGCAAGCAGGAAGGAGCACCAGAGGAUAAACAGGUGCCUUUGGAAGCUAAGGAGAUGAGCCAGUGAGGCUUUCCUUUCCUCCUAGCCCAGCACCACAGUGGAGAGGAGUUAUAUCUCUACUGGUUGUUGAAAAAGUGUGUGUGUGUGUGUGUGUGUGAGAGAGAGAGAGAGAGAGAGAGAGAGAGAGAGAGAUUGAGAGCACCUACCUGUAUGUUCCUGACUGGCUGCCUGCUUGUCUGGAUGUAUGCAGUAUGUGUGUGCAUGCAUGUAAAUGUACAUUGAUCUCAGCCUCUGUUGGCUUGCAGCCCUUGGAGUGGUGGUUAUGAGUGUGAUCCUUAGACCAAAAAGGUUAUCUACCCCUCCAUUAGAACAUAACAGACUUCAUUAGCUGUUUGCUAUGAAUGACUUGAUUUAAUGGUAAUGCGGAAUUGCAAAGAUCCAAUGAGGGUGUUUCAAUAUUUCUUCCUAAAUUGUGGGUACAGUAGAAAAGGUAAUGUUCACAAAAUUUAUUUUACUUCACAUCGAAACCAAUCUUAUAAAUACCAAUUUUUAAAAGAUUGAUAUAAUUAGUAAUGUUGCAGACUGAAAAUACUUAUCAAUAUAAGGCUGUUCUUAACAUUGUGGCUGCCCUCUGAGACUUGUUUUUUUCUUGUAGAGAUGAUGGUAGCAUUUUUGAUGGUCUCGUGGAAGAAGAUGACAAGGAUAAAGCGAAGAGGUAUGUUUUUUGAGGUAGCUAGCACCAACCAUUUUUCCUCUGGUUAGGAUGUAUAUAAACUGUGCAUUGAAAUGGGACUUUACGUAAAGGGCUGUUUGCACACAAUGCUAAACCAUGGUUCAGUGUUAUAAAGAUGAGCCUCCCCAAGCCUAGGUAAAGCCAACUUCAAACCAUGGGAUUUUCCCUUGUUGUGAGCCAGGAGACCUGAUUUGCAUAGAAUGCAAAGAUUCUUUAAAACUCAAUGUAAAAUUCUCCUGGCUGCACAGGAGAGAGUAUUGCAGAGUGAAUUGGAGAGCAUGUGAGACUAAUGCUUUGUUUGGACUUGCUGAGGCUUGACUAAGUAAAUAGUUUAGAAAAGGGAAAGAGAACCUGUGACCUUCCAGCUGUUAUUGAACUUAAUCUCUCAUCAGCCUCAGCCAGCAUUGCUCAUGAUGACUGGUGAUGAGAACUGUAGUUCAAUGACAUCUGGAGGGCCACUUCUGGUUUUGUAUUACAUCUGGACCAGCGCAUAGAUUGCACAGAUUAUAUCAGGAAGCCUGUGAAAAGCCCUAUAUCCAGUGGCCUAAAGUAUGCACAAUGCCCUUAGUCCUUGCAUACAUUGCCAGGCAUGUGGUCAGCUGUCUUAUCUGACAAUGGGGAAGGGGGAAGAGAAGGGAGGACGGAUUCAAAGCAUCUCUUUUCUCCCCACCCACCCUCUUAACAAGUGACCAAGUGGAUUAAUUAAAGUUUGUUCAAGGGAAGAUACCAACACAUAGUCCCUUGCUGAGUGCAAGGAUCACUGCAUGGGGAUCUUGGGUUUUUUGGCUUGGAGACAGUAUUAAAAUAUUGCAAUAAAAUAUUAACAUAUUUAUGUACUGCAAAGAUAUAAGACUCUUCAAGUUUCAAUUUUUAGUUUUUCUUUUAAUUUUAUCAGGCAUCCAAAUAAGUCCAAGUGUCUUGACUGGCAACUGACCUCUUGAAAAGCUACUGUAAUAUGCUUAAGACAAAAGUCUAGAUUCAAGCAGCAGUAAAACUUGUUUCACAGGCUAAGGGCUUGGGGCUUCCCCCCCUUUUUUCUUUUCUUUUAGCAAUAACCUAUCAAGGCCGCAUAACUAUUGAAAGUGGAGGAAGAGUAGUGGAGAUUUAAAAAAUCCCACUGGGCAUGCUCAAGCACUUGUUUUUACCAAAAGUAGUUAUUUGGAUUCCACCCAAAAGAUGUUUAAAGAUAAUUUAAACGCAUCACUAAUGUUUCCAUGUAUAGGGCUCCAAAAUGGAAUACUAAUGUUGCAGUCCUAACCCUGCUUACUUGAGAGUAAGUUCGUUGAAUUUAACAGAACUUCUGAGUUGGCAUGAUUAGAAUUGUGCUAAAAGUAUUUCUAUGGCUAGUUUUGCCAAAUGUUUCCUCCUCCUCACAUUUGAAAUGAGCAUAUUUUAUUGACCAUUGUAACUUACAAUACAUUCUGUUGUAUCCACUGCUUCCAGGGCUUCCAUUCCCUCUUCUUUCCAUUCAUGCCCCCAACCCUCCAGCUGUUCAGGAGCUGGAGGGGAUGGGAGAGGAAAGGGAAAUUCUGUUAUGCAGAUGGAAGCCCCUUGUGCUGACAGAACUGUAGCAUUGGACACAGCCUCCUAACCCCUAAGAAAUUGCAUAAAACUUCCCCCCUGGAAUUUUCACAAUUGUGUGUGUCUGCUUUUUUUUAAGGGUGUCAAGAAACAAGUCUGAAAAGAAACGCAGAGAUCAGUUUAAUGUACUCAUCAAAGAACUGGGAUCCAUGCUUCCGGGCAAUGCUCGGAAGAUGGACAAAUCUACUGUACUGCAGAAGAGCAUUGAUUUCUUACAGAAGCACAAAGGUAAUUUGGGAAUGUCACAAGAAAUUUGUGAAACAAAUUUUGUUGAAUUCUUGAUACUUAAGUAUAUAUGAGUAUAUACGAGUUGGAAUGGUCCAUAAAUCACAGGUAGUUUUAGUCUGUCUACCUGGUGGUGUUGGUGCUAUAUUUGCUGGGACAGGGUGGUGGCAAGGUUGAAGGGAGCCCUGGAUUGGUGGUGCCAACAACCCGGUAAGGGUGUGUGUGCACAUGUGAGCCACUGCCAACCCAGAACUCUCCUAGCUUUCCCCUGACCUAUCUCUGUCCUGUUGAAUGCAGCACUAUGACUAGUAGUGUGCUGCUGUCUGCUCUCCCCAUCAUGCAGUUCUGGUGAUAAGUAAAUGCUUCUUUUCUCAGCCUUUUUACCUACCUAUCUGCAUCUUGGUACAUUAAGGUAGAAUGUUGCAAUGAAUACAGUUCUCUCACUUGCUCUCUAUCUUUUUUGUUUUUGUAAUAGGCAUGUUUAAUGACUGGGCUGGUGCGGUUAAUGAAUGAUAGUUUCCAAUGGGAUGGGGAAAAUAACCUGUGGCGCUAUUCCCUCCCCCCUUUUGUUCAAGUUGGCAUCCAAAGUUGGGUGUGUGUAUUACAAGUGUGCGCACAAUUUUCCUUUCCUUUUGCAGAGAUCACUGCCCAAUCAGAUGCCAGUGAAAUCCGACAGGACUGGAAACCCACAUUCCUUAGUAAUGAAGAAUUCACUCAGUUAAUGUUAGAGGUAACUUAAUUAUUUUCAUUGUAAAAUGUGUGCGUAUUCUGUCAUUGUAAGUAUUGCUUUGUGAUGUCGUGCGGUAUAUUUUCAGCUUUGUAUUGUAAUUAAAAUGCACUUUCCCCAAUAUUCAGUUAAAAUAUGUGCAAAACAGAUUCAAAAGAUGCAUGUGGAGAAUGCUGCUGCCAGGGGGUUAUUGGGGGACCAGCUACUUAAAAUAUUCUGUACCUUUGAAACUUAAUUUACCCUCUGUUUUGAAACCCAGUUUGAUGAUGCCUUUGACCUUUAGUUCCUCAAUGGUUUGGGUCCAAAGUAAAUUGAGCACUACCUACCUCCAUGUAAUACUGCUUGUCUGUUUAGAAACUUAGAAGGGUCUUUGCUCUCCAUCCCUCCAUUAUCUGUAGCUGUAGUCAUGUUGGGUGGUAUGUGGAGCCAGGCCUUCUCUGGCACAGUGGCACUUAAACUUUGACACCACACUGGGAGACAUGCUUAGCUUGUUCUCUUCCCACCUUCUGAAAGAUGGUGAAGACCACUGUUGUACAUUGGGCAUUUUAUAGCAAUGAGUUUAGUGCCUUGGUUUUGUGCUCCUGCUGUUUUUUGUUGAAUUGAUUCAAAGCAAUUUGUAUCAAAUUUGCAAUUGGUAUUUUAACAUUUUUCUGUUGUAUUUUAAGUUUUGUGAGCCUUUUGGCUGAGGAGCAACAUCACAAUGUACUCAGCAUAAUGUGCAUUUCCCCAGGUUUGAGAGCGCAACCCAUGAAUUGAUUGUCAGAUAGUGUUCAGUUCCACUGUUCAGGGUGCUGGUGCAGGGAAGUUUAAGAUUUUGAGAUCAAUUAAGAAGUUAGUCCUGGCUCUUUUUUGUAUGUUAAUCAAAUUGUACAGUGCCCUGUUUGUCUCCUUUUAACUGUCUGUUCUGUUUAAUUUCAGGCUCUUGAUGGUUUUUUCUUAGCAAUCAUGACAGAUGGAAGUAUAAUAUAUGUAUCAGAAAGUGUAACCCCCUUACUUGAACACUUGCCAGUAAGUACGAGCUGCUUACAGGAAGAUAUCAGAUUUAUUUGGUCACUGGAUGGACACUUUACCAUUUGCCAUUCUAAAUUCUAGAGCUCAAAUAGUAUAAAUAUCUUUUUAAAGACUUCAUCUUUUCUUCCAUUAAAGCAGCCUUAGUCCUGUUUCAUGUAUAAGGCACUUCAGUGGGUGAAUCAGGAGCAUCAGACAUUUUUCUCUGCUCAUAUACACACAGCCAUCACAGUGUACCACAGUGUGCACAUUCAUUGACUCCUGAUGUAAGUGGUAUAUGAAAAUAACACACAUAUCCCUGUGCACGAUCUUCCUUCUGUAUAGCCUAUUUCUCGCUUAUCAAAGGGCAUAAGCAUUUUGUUUUUAUCUUGCCCUAAAAUUUUUUUUUUAUUCUUGCACUAAGAAAUGGAGACAGUUACAGUUGAGUCUACCGUUGUGUAGAUUUGGUUUAUAACAGUUGCAGACUUCGUUUCCUCUAAGGAGGAAAGGGAUUUGAACAAUCCUGCACAUUGAGGUUUUUACCCACAAUUGCUGUGGAUAUGGUAAAACUUUUCCUUUUGUCCAAACUGUUGGAAUGCAACUGAUAUUACUAUUGCUGGUCUUCUGCUUGAAUUUGAUGAGAGGUUUGUAUAUAUAUUGUAAAAGCAUUCAUUUAAAGUGGGAUCCAUAACUGAUCUCUGCUCAUGUCUUGUGCAAACAGACAGAACUGCUUUUCUGCCCACACAAGACAUCUCUGGAUUGCACACAAAAUCAAGUAGGAUCAGCAUCAGAAUAUUGCAGGGUGUCCUCACUUUCUAACAGGAUUGCUUCUCUUCAGGGUUUCUGACAGCUAAUUACACCCCUUUCCCAGAUACUGUAAGUUGUAGUAAGCUUAAGCAGGGUAUCUCUCCCCCCCCCCCCCGGUUUUCCACCUUUUGCAAUCGAUUCUCAAUAUCCCGUGGCUGCUUAGAAUGCUCAGUCCUCAUUCAAAGGUUGCUUCCUUAGGUUAAAACAUAUACUUCAUUACUGCAAUGUACCUCGAGUCUCAAAGGACAGGGGAGUGUCUUCUAUACUUUGGAUAGGAUUAUAGCAAUGUUUGUUCACUGUAUCUGAAAUUAGGGCAAUCCAGCUUUUUAUUGUUGUAAAAAUAUUUGGAAAUGAUGUACUUAAUCAGGAUUAUGUAUUACAAGCAGCAUAAUAUUUUUCUCCCUGACAGCUGUGUUAGUUACUUUGUAUUCAAAAGUGACAUUUCACAAGAUUACAUUUUCAUUUCAUUUCUCUCUCUCUUUUAGUCUGACCUUGUGGAUCAGAGUAUAUUUAAUUUUGUCCCAGAGGGGGAGCAUUCAGAGGUUUAUAAAAUACUGUCUACUCAUCUGUUGGAAAGUGAUUCGUUGACCCCAGAAUAUUUAAAAUGUAAGUUGCACUGUUGAAUUAUCUCUCGAAAGAAACUCCUGAACACUUCAACAUGUUAAAAUACAGUGAAAAUAUAAUCACUGAUUUAUUCUGUUAAACUAAGAGUUUCCUGAAAUCUUUUUCACAUACCAGGUAUAUAAAAAGGUUAACACUAUUAUUAUAUUAUAUAUAUUUAUAUUUAUAUUUAUAAAUGCAGGAGGUAAGGAACCAAGAAUUGUUUCAACUGUGGCCAGCAACUGCUGCAUUUUAGCAGUAUAAUUAUUAUAAUUAUUUAUUGAAUUUAUGUACCGCCCUAUACUCAGAGAUCUCAGGGCGGUUCACAAAAUAAAAUCAAAAUAUAAAACUACAAACUACAUAAUCAAAAUAAAAACAACAACCCAAUAACCUCCACCCCCCAAAAAACCCACAUUUUAAAAGGGCAUAGGAUCCUGACAACAUUUAAAGUGAGACAAUUAACAAACCUGGACAAGAACCACUUUCUGGAAAACCAUGAUCUCAGAAAUGUCUGCAGAAAUGUCUGUCAAUAUAUAAAAUGAAUGUAAACUGUAACAACACUGCAUUGUGGAAUGCAUGUGGUCAGUGUUCCAGUGGCCACCCAUGUCCUCAUCUAUGAUACUCUCCCAUGCCUUCUGCCAUUUUCUCUCCCACUUGGUUCCCCCUUUGGGUUUUUUGAGGGGCAGGGGCUCUCACCCUCUUAGAGUUGUUUUUCUGAAGAUUUUUUGCUCAUCUGCAAAUCUUCAGUUCCCACAGGCUUACUGAUACUUCCUUCUUCAAUGUAACCGAUGCAAUAUUGGAGAGCCACACUCAACUCUGAGCUUUGAAAAUCGAAGGAGUACUGGGCUGUGGACUGUCUGCAGUUGGGAUGUUCACAGAAGCUUGCUUCACUUUCUGAAAUGUUUCUCACUCAUGGUUUGUUAAACCAUGGGGUGAUGAUCAUUAUCUACACUUUUAUUUUAUAUUGCUCACAAUACUUUUGGGGAGUGAGGCAGCACAGGGUAGAUACAUACUUUAAGGCUGCAACCCUAUAUAUACCUAACUGGGAUUAAUCCACAGGCUCCUUUGGGAGGGUGGGUGGAUAUAAAUAAAUAAACAAACAAACAAACAAACUCAAUGUGCCUUACUUCUGAGUAUAAAUGUAAAAGAUUAUAUUCUAAAUGUGUAGGAUCUUAGAUUCAAACCUAGUUGAAAAAUAUUGUGGUAGCAGGGCAGGAAAAGGCUGGAUGCACUGAAGAACUACUCCCAUGUAUGGAAUGUAAGGUGGCACAUUGUUAAGGCUAUGUUUAAGGUAGCUUCUUCCAUUGUUUUGCACAUUUUACUCAAGAAUAUCAGCUUGUAAGGUUUCGAUGUUCAUUUUGAUAUUCCAUUAUGUGUGUUUUGUUCUUCUAGCAAAAAACCAACUAGAGUUCUGUUGCCAUAUGCUCCGAGGGACAAUAGACCCCAAAGAGCCACCUACAUAUGAAUAUGUAAAAUUUAUAGGAAACUUCAAGUCAUUGAGUAACAGUAAGUUACAGUAUUUUUUUUAAAGUGUUUUAGAUUACAACUAACUUGUGAAACGUUACAAGAAAUAGGAAAAAUAAUGUACCUCCUUUUUUUUAAGGCACUGGAUUACAUUUAAAUGAGGAUAGUGUAAAUUUACAGCAUGUCUGUUGACAGAAACUAGGGAAGUGUAGCAACUUCUAGUGCAGGCACCCCCAAAUUUGGCCCAGCUGUUUUGGGACUACAAUUCCCAUCAUCCCUGACCACUGGUCCUGUUAGCUAGGGAUGAUGGGAAUUGUAGUCCCAAAGCAGCUGGAGGACCGAGUUUGGGGAUGCCUGUUCUAGUGAGUCCUGAAUCCGAAGCCUUGGAGAGAUUCUUGGCUGCUUUGGGCAAAGUGUGAUCUGCAUGUGACACCCAAGUCAAAGCAGAAUUCCCCAAGUGCCUAAUGACAUCUUCAGUGAUUCAGAUGCUUUAAAAAGCUGCAAACAAGUGUCUGCAGAAAGUGAAACUAUUGUCUCUAAGCUCACCAUAUAAGGAAGACAGCAGGGGGGAGGAGAGGGGCUAAUUGAUGUCUGUAUUUUAAUGAAAACUCUUGGACCAGGAUGGAGGGAAAGCUUGUUCAGAACUGUCCGUUUUUAAUCAGAGGAAUUAUUUUGUUAGCACUCUUCAAUCCCAGUGUUUGAGGGGAGGGAUGUUGCUGAAUAAUAUAAUCUACAUUUUCUCUGUGUCGUUUCUUGCUCUUUUGCAAGUUCUGUUCUGCAGUGCAGCAAACAUCAGAAAGAGUUCUGUUAGACUUCGGCGGUGUCCUUCCCUUUCCUGCUUUUUUCCUAUUGUCCAACUUACAUCUUUAGCGCUUUCAUUCUGUUUGAUUACUCGUGCUUUUCAAUUUCUUUCCAGUUAUUGUUAGUAGUCCCUCAUUCUGUUUUGAUUUUAUUUGCUGGUAUUUCAAGGGUUUUUGUUCUGUUUAGCAGAGUGCAAUGUUAUGCCCCUUCCCCUUAUAGUUCAGGGUCUGAGGACUUUGCUUCUGUGUGACUGACUGUAGUUUUUUUUAAAAAUCGCUUUGAUCUGAAGGAAGGGCAGGAUAUAAAAACUCUGAGAUAAGUGAAACAGGUUGAGUGAUUUUUACUUUCUUUUUAUAUCAGCUUAGGCAGUAUUUAUGUUAUUCUAUGAAAUAUUUUAAGAAUGUAGUUUUAAUUUUUUUCUCCCAGGUGACUUUUUAAACACUUUGUUUCAUAGGAUCGUUAAUUAUAUGUUUGAUUUUAUAAGUCAUUCUUAGAAAUAGUAGUAAUUUUCUUCUCUUCCUCCUGUCCUUAGUGUCUAACUCUGCGCAUAAUGGUUAUGAAGGAACCAUUCAGCGAUCACAUAGGCCUUCCUAUGAAGACAGAGUUUGUUUUGUAGCUACGGUCAGGUUAGCUACACCUCAGUUUAUCAAGGUAUGUUAAGAUUGUCAUCUCUUCAAAAUCUAUGAUAUUUGCUUUUCCUUUGUAUUUUUCUUAAUCAAAACAUUUAUUGUUUAAUGAACAAUAAUUUAAGCAACCAUACUCCAAUCCAGGUAGGGUAAUAUUCUCCAGGAUGCAGGUGUUCUUGUACGAAUUGCCUCCUAGAUUGGGUCCUGUGCUGUUAAAAAAAGGUCUAUAGCCAGCUUCUGUAACUGUACUGCAUGUAUGCUGGAUCAGGCUCAAGCAUGCAUCCCCAGAGGAUGAUUUGGGCUGUUAGUUAACAACCUGUCUGCAGUACUAGGAAGACUCAAUCAAGUUCUCCUCAUUGCUGUAGCUGACAUUCAGUGCCUUUCCUACAGGAAUUUUGAAACAUGUCCUUCUGUGGUGCAAAUUUAGAUUUGCUGAAGGCUUAGUUGUAAAGAACUUCCUCUUUUAGGAAGGCUAUAUACCAUGUGAAUUGCUACUAAAGAAAAUAGCACAACUGCCUUCCGUAUCAAUUCCCAGAUGUCAAAAAGAAGUAGGGGAGUUCUGAGGGUGAUGGUUCCUCUGGUGGUUCCUUGCACAGAAUGCUGAACUUGCCAUUCUCACACUGGAAAAAUAAGCAUAGUAUGGGUUGGUCUGUAGUGGCAAGUUGCUUGAAUUACUCCUCUUCCAAGCAGCAGUGAAACAGCAAAAUAAGAAAUAUUUUGCAUGUUACAUUCACGUCGAUUUAUAUGUAUGUUUGGAAGUCUGGAUUUCAUGAGAGUUUUUACAUUAGAGUAGAGCAGUUCUGAGAGACUUACGUUUUUUUAUUUUUUAGGAAAUGAGCACUGUUGAAGAACCCAAUGAAGAGUUCACCUCUAGACAUAGCUUAGAAUGGAAGUUCCUUUUCUUGGAUCACAGGUGCCAUUUCUUACAAUGUAGUACUAAGCGGUAGCACUCUGUUACCGUUAGUGGUCACUAAUCCUCAUUGGCUGUUUAUAGCAAGAAAUGAAUUUUACUUUUUACUGAAUACGUUUUUAUGUAAUUAUAAGCACAAUUUUCUGUUUAAAAACUGUGACUGAUUUUUUUCUAUUCUGAGAAAUAAAAUAACGACUCUUAUGUCAUUAUCCAGGGCACCACCAAUAAUAGGUUAUUUACCAUUUGAAGUGUUGGGGACAUCAGGCUAUGAUUAUUAUCAUGUUGAUGACCUAGAAAACCUGGCAAAAUGUCAUGAACACUGUAAGUAAAUGUCAAAAUUUUAUGUAAACCAUACUAAUAUAGAAUUGGUAACUUUUGGUGAUGUAUACAAACUAGUUACAGUGGUACCUCUGUUCCCGAAUAUCUCCAUUGACAAACGUUUCAGAACCCGAACGCCGAAAACCUGGAAGUAAAUGCUUCUGUUUUUGAACGUGCCUCAGAAGUUGAACAGCUUCCGCUGCAUGUUUUUCCAUUUUCUCAGUGCAAUUUACAGACUGCGCUUUGCGCCUUGGUUUUCGAACAUUUCAAAAAUCGAACGGUCUUCCGGAAUGGAUUACGUUCAAGAACCGAAGUACCACUGUAUCUAUAUUUGAAAAUCUUUUAACUAGGGCUGAAAUACUUGUAAAAUUAUGUUCUAAAAAAGUUUUUAAUCACAAAAUAGUGCUUAAACAAAAAUAGCACUUAAUCACAAUUUAAAUAAUUGCUUAAUAAUAAUAAUAAAUUGGACACUCAGAAUUAUAGCUUCCCUGUUUACUAGGCUAGGUUUUGCCCACUAGUGUGGCAGGAACAUUGCACUAUCUGAAGUGCGGAAAAUCAAUUUCAGUUGUGCAUGUAACUAAUAGAUAAGAAUAAUUAUUGGUGACAUCAGGAGCUACCAUUCUGGAAGCAUUCAUAGUAGUUCUCGGGUUUCUUUCCAUUCUCUCCUUCUAUAAUAUGUUCCACAGCUUUUAAAAAUAAUUUAUUUUUGUAUUUGGGAUAUUAGAAUCAAAUGAAGAAAGUUUUGUGUUGGUUUAAAGAAAUGAUGCAAACUGUUUCAAUGCACAUUCUGGAAGUGGCAUUUUCUGAAACAGAACCUUAUUUUUACAUUGUUUUUAGUAAUGCAAUAUGGAAAAGGGAAAUCCUGCUAUUACAGAUUCCUCACAAAGGGUCAACAGUGGAUUUGGUUGCAGACUCAUUACUAUAUCACUUACCAUCAGUGGAAUUCUAGGCCAGAGUUCAUCGUAUGUACACACACGGUAGUAAGGUAAUAGAAUUCUGCAUAAUUUUUAUUACAGUUUUUUGCAACCGAUUUUUCAGCUAUAUUUUAGUACUUCUCCCAGCUGACUAAGAAGUCAUCAGAGUCUUCUGAGUUAGUCACACGUAAAAGCAUAUUAAUGCAUUAAUGCAUCCAUGUUAUUUUUCAAAUGCAUUUAAAUAAUGUAUAUAAAAUGUUUGCUACCGUUCUGUUAAGAUGAACAGACAUGCUAAUCGCCUGAAAUGUUGGGUUAUUUAUCGGUAGUUAUGCAGAGGUUCGAGCAGAAAGGCGGCGUGAACUUGGUAUUGAAGAGUCUCUACCAGAAAUAGCAGCAGAUAAAGUAAGUUUUCCACCACCAUCUUAUAUUGGUUCUGUUCAUUGCUAUAGCUUUUAAAAAUUGGCUUGUAGGGUUUGCAGUGCCUGCACUUCAGCAGGUGUUAAUAAUCCACCCACCCAGAGUUAUUCAUUCUUUCAUGUAAAUUACCUAGUGAUAAGGUGUUCAAAACUGCUCUUGCACAGUUUGGUUUGGAUUUUUUGUUUUGCUUUUGGGUUGUCAGGGUGGUGAAAGAGAAGCAAACACUGAUCAUAGGGAGAAGUAAGAUGGAAAGACGGACUGUUAAGAUGUCAAACAGAGCAGGGAUAAGUUAAGGGAAGGUGAAGCACAUGUAUAAGAAAUUUGCUUUCAUUGUGAAAGCCCCAUGUUUGAAUAUUUGGUAAGAUACAGUUAGUUUCUGCUAAUUAUAUUGCUAAUUAUUUUGUGUGUGAUGAACCAGCCAAAACAUUUUUAUUGUUUUAGAGUCAAGACUCUGGUUCUGAGAAUCAUAUAAGCACAGUAAGCCUCAAAGAAGCUUUGGAGAGAUUUGAUCACAGCCCUACACCUUCUUCUGCCUCCAGGAGUUCAAGGAAAUCUUCUCACACUGCAGUUUCAGACCCUUCUUGUGAGUGCACAAAAUCAAAACUAUUCUAUAGACGGUUAUUGACUUUGGGGCCUUGUGACUUUAAAAUGAAUGCUAUUCAUGAUAAUUGUAGCCUGAUGAUAUUAUCAGUUCUACAGAGAGAGUUGUUAAUCUGGUGUGGAAUAUAAAUCUCAAUUUUUACCUAACCAAUUGGAAUAAAGGCUGUUUUGAAUAUGCAGUGCUAUCAUUUUAUUGUGAUGAACUAUUCACUUGCCUAAGUAUAUCUGGGCAAACUCAGAAUGCUGAUGAUGAAUAAAAGUAUCCCUCUUCAAUUUUAUAUUUGCUGGGACAUCAGCAACGCCAACGAAGAUGACAAUGGAUACUAGCACUCCUCCAAGGCAAAAUUUAUCCACUCUUGAAAAGUCUGCACAAAGGAGGGCAUCGCUUGGUAAUCAGGUAAUUCUUCAGAAAAUAGCAAGUCAUAUUUAUCUGUUAAGGCUUGUGAACGUUAGAUUUUUUUCGCUUAAAAUACAAACAAUACAAUAAAUAAAUGCUUUCAGUUAGUCACCUAGUUUGGAAACAUCCUUUUUAAAGCUUUCAGUUGACUGCUUGAGAAUGUCACUGUCCUGAAUGUGUCCACCAUGUGCACAGUUCUACGCUCAAGCAGUCAGCUGAGAGCUUUUCAUUAAGUGUCAUCUGCCUUUUUAAAAAUAAUGGAGAUUUUUGCUAUGAAUCUGAAUAGAAAUUAGCUUUCAAACAGUGUGCAUGAGCAGAACAGUCUUCCCCUUCAUCUCCAGUUUACCCCCAAAAUCUGCUCCAGAGGUUAUGUAUUAUGGAUUGUAUUCAGUAAUGCACCAGUGUCAUUCCACUGUAUCAACAGAACACCCAUUUCCUCUCAUCCUUGUGUGCCCCACAAAUAUGCUUCAGAAGGUCCCCCAUCCCUCCGGAACUGAUUUUAAGGGUGCAAGGAGGUCCUAAAGGGGAAGAGGAAACUCUGCUGCAUACACAGAACUCUCUUGUGUCAUCAGAGCUGCAGCUUUGGAUACGUCCUCUAUGUGUUUGUAAAAUUUGUGUCCUUUUAAAGUACUGCUGUGUUUCAUGCCUUUUGUAUAAAAUGUAAGCAUUAGCUCAGUGGAUGUGUUUGGAAAUGCUUACAAAGUCUACUUGUUCCACAAAAACAAAAGAGAAUAACACUUUGAGGCUUCUGCUGUAGAUUGUUAAUCUUUGUCUUCCUGUUUGGGGUGUAUAACACUUGUAUUUGGCUUUUUAUAUGUGUGUAUUUUCAUGUGGGCAAAUCAAAGUUAAAAAAUGGAAAUCAGCAAGUGAUGUAAGGUGGUCCAAACUCUUUCUAGCUACCCCGUUUCUUCUCAGGUAGUUAGGGAAGAAAGGAAGAUUACAUUUGGGCUUGUCAUUUUUAAACCUCCUCCUCUAUUCUGUCUGCCUCCAAAAUACAUAUUUGAUUUGAUAAUUAUGGUAUGUAUAUUUCUUUUUAAAUCCUAGUCUUUAAAUUCACAAUCUAUUGGGCAACCUUUAGCGCAGCCAAUGAUGUCCCAGCCUGCAUCUUUACAGAUUCAGCAAGGCAUGUCUCAGGUACUAAUUAAAUCUGAAUGUGUAUCAAAGCAGUUAAUUUGUAUUAAAGCAAGUAAUUACAUUUUGAUCCUUUAAUGGAUCUUCGUUUGAUCUAGAAUUCAGUUCUUGAAUUUGGGUGCGUUGGAAGUAGUGUCCCCUGCUAUUAACAUCCCAUUGCCUGACUUUUGGUUCAGCAGGUCCUGUUUCCUCUUUGCCUAAGAUUUCUCUAAAUUGGUCAGCAUCCUCGGUACUUUUUUUAAAAAGUCUUCUUUGUCAGAAAUGUCAAUUUAUGACUUUAAGCUAAAUACAGAUAAUUACUUCCAUAUGCACAGGAUUGAUAGAUGUUUUUUGUAGUGGUUAAUUACUUUUCCUAUGGUAUGUUUGCUACUGAUUCAAAUCUUUCUUGCGUUUUUCUUAAAUGUUGCCCUGUAGCCUAUGCUUCAGUUUUCUGCUCAGUUAGGAGCUAUGCAGCACUUAAAGGACCAAUUGGAGCAAAGAACACGAAUGAUAGAAGCAAACAUUCAUCGGCAACAAGAAGAACUGCGUAAGAUUCAGGAACAACUCCAAAUGGUCCAUGGGCAAGGACUUCAGGUUGGUUAAAGCUGAUCAGAUACUGACAUAGCUAGUGAUUCUACACUUAAAAUCUCUCUCUCUCUCGUGUGUGUGUGUGUAUUUGUAUGUGUGAUGUACAGAUUAACACUGAUGUUUUGCAUGCUGGAAUAAAAAAUUAUUGAUAAAAGACACCUUCAUUAUUAUUAAUAAUAAAAAAGUUGUCUAGUAGCACCUAAUAUACCAACUAAGUUUGUUCUGGCAUAAGCUUUUGUGUGUACGCACUCUUCUUCAGAUACCAUUAUAACUUCAUUAUUAAGUUAUUAAUUCAGGAGAUUUGUACUUUGCAUUUCAACUGAAGUUCUUAACGGAGCUUACAACAUUAAGAAAAUACAAUGAGUAUAUUUUUAUUAGCUGGUUCUAUAGAUAAAAUAUUUCCUGCAAAAGCAUAUCUUUAAUGUUAUAGAACUUAAUUUGAUCAGCCAUUUCGCUGGAAUCCUAGAUGUUCAUAUCAGUUACUAAUAAGGGCCAUGUGAUAUAACUGCAAGUUCUGCCAUUAGUAAAAUAAAAUACAAAUACAGGUUACAGUAGUUUAGUUGUAGGUAGGGUUUCCGCCUUUACCAGAUUAACAGUAUAAUCUUAUGCAUGCUUACUCAGAAAUAAGACUUGCUGAAUUCAAUUUUAUUACUCCCAGGUAAGUGAGUAUAGAAUUUAGUCUAAGCCUCAUAUGCCCAUUAGAACACUAUUAUUAGACAAAAUGAUAGUGUAUAUAAUUUUCACCUCUAAGAUAGGGAAUUCAUUGACCUUUAAACAAACAAUGGUUUAUGUGUUCUGAAUGCUCACUAGUAUUUUAAGCACUGGCAUGUAUUCUUUUUCUUCUGAAAGAUGUUCUUGCAGCAGUCAACUCCUGGAUUAAACUUUGGCUCUGUUCAGCUGACUCCUGGAAACCCAUCAAAUAUUCAGCAGAUUACACCAAUAAAUAUGCAAGGUCAAGUUGUUCAAACUAAUCAAAUCCAAGGUGGCAUGAACACUGGGCAUAUUGGUGCUCAACACAUGAUACAGCAACAGCCUUUGCAAAGUACUACCCAACAGGUAAUGCCACACUUGAAGAUAAUAUUUAGUUAUGUGCCAUUGUUUCUUAAAUGCAGCCUUUGUAUCUUUAUGUUGCUAUGAGAGAGUGCUCCUUUAGUAGAUGUUAUUUAUUCUUCAAGCACUCACUUCUCCUAGCCUAGCCUUUGAGGGUAGGGAAGGGCUUAGAGUCAGGAAAGUGUGACUCAUAUGUCAAAGCCAACCUUAGGAAGUAUAUUGGUGGAUUGAGUGGGUUGUUGCAAAAAAAACCAACCCUGUCCCACACUUUGUUUAAUAUAGGAAAGAAGCAAGACGUCACUGGGCUAGGAAGCUAGACCGUGACAAUCCAGGAAGCUAGAGAGUUCAGAUUAUUGGUGGAUCAUUUUUUUGGCCAUUCAUAAGUGAACAAUUUGUCAUUGCACAAAUGAAGAUAGGAAGGAAAUGAAUGUUCAAGGGCAAACAGAAUUUGCCGAGCUGUUGCCAUGGUGCAAGGAUUAAUAGACAAGUCAACAUUUCCUUUUGUUGCACAUAGUGCCAUCUAGUGGGUGUAAAAAUAAGUUGCAUCAGGAGGAAGAAGUGUCUCUCCCUAGCCCUAUUUUUUCUCUUUUUGGGAAGCUGUUUCUGCCUCUAUAGACAGCAAUUCAGGAAGAUAUUUCGGCUGUGACAACCAAAAUAUCAGUAGACCUGAUUUUUCAGAAAUGGCUGAAGCAUUAAUUACUUAACUGGAAAAAAACCCCAUCCACUCUAUUAAUCAUGGCCUUUAAACAAAUUCUAAUUGGAACUGUUCCUUGUCUAAAGUGUGUUCAGUUGUAAAUUCCAAUCAACUUUGUCAAUGGUAAGCUUCCCUAGCAUAAUAAUUAGGCCGAAACAAAGUGAACCACGUAACUGACAGCUCGCAUCCUGAUUUUGAUAAUUGUGGGCUAUCUUUUUCACUUCAAACCAUGCAUUUAAGAUUCCUUUGUCUUGUCUGUGCAUGCAUGCACAUCUGUGUAUGCCUACCCAUUUGACUUCCUGAUUGGCUGCCUGCCUGUGUUUAAGAGACAGCGGGCGUUGGGUGGCACGGGCACACACUUCGACUACACCCACCACUGGCAUCUACUGGCACAACCAGUGCCGCCCUUGGGCUGAAAAGGGUUUGGCAUGCCUGCUUUAAAAAGAAGACAAAUGGGAUGAUUUCAAAAUACCCCAUGCAUUGCAAUUACUACAUUAAAAGGAAGGCCAUUCAGUCAUUACAUACUGUAAGAUGUAUCUUUUGUGAAAUUUCAAACUACCUAGAAUAUCAUUAAAUUAUUUUAAAAAAACAUAUUCUCCAUUUUAAAAAAGGAAACGUCUUCCACUUUAACAUUGGUACCUUUAGUUUCCAGUCAGGAUGGUGAAUCAUUACAGCCUGAGGGGAGAGAGUGGAUGAUUUCUAGUUCUCUCGUUGCAUCCUUUGAACAAACUCAAACCCUCUUUCCCAGAAAGAAUUCCUUAUGGUGACCCCUUACUCCUUAAUAAAAACUUCCUUUGGCUGGUAAGGAGGUAAGGAGAUAUUUGAGCAGGGUGUCAUUUCACCUUUUUCUGGUCCCUGCACCUUCACAGGCCACAGCUCAUUUAUGGUCAGUGAUUUCAAAUACAAGGCUUGUGUUUUCUAGAGAGCUAAUAUAAUAUAGAUAACGCACCACUACAAAAUGCCCCCCAAACUAGAUGACAUACAAUUAGCAGAAGCAUUAAAAAAACCAAAAACCAGGCUGCUCAGCAAUCUGUAGUUUCUUGCAGUUUGGUGGGGUUGCCUUAAAUCUGUUCCGUCAUGCAAAAUAAUCUCAUUGACAACCUAUUUUCUUUGUGCAGCAUAAUCAACAAAAUAUUCUCAGUGGGCACAGUCAGCAGACUUCUCUUUCUACGCCAUCUCAGAGCACACUGUCAGCCCCCUUGUAUAACACUAUGGUGAUUUCCCAGCCGGCUACAGGGAACAUGGUCCAGAUCCCUUCUAAUUUGCCACCAAGUAAUAACCAGAAUGCUGCUAUUACCACAUUUACCCAAGACAGACAAAUCAGGUAAGUGUUAAGAGAGACAAGUGAGGCUUGCUACACUUUCUGCUGUGUAGAAUGCUCCUGUUCAGUGUUCCAGCCAGCCAUGCCUGCCUUCAGGCUACUCCACACUUGAUGUGUUGCCCAUAAAGCUGUUAAGCAAAUAAAAUUAGUCUGGGCACUGAUGGAGAGAGGAUGCUGGACUAGAGGGACUCUUGGGUUGCUGUUAGGUCUUAAAUGAGAUUGAAAGUACAGAAAGCACCCAUCAAGCUAAUUUGUGGGGUGUUGGUUAAGACUACCUGAGACAGACAACAGAUCUUUCUUUUCUUUCACAGAUUUCCGCAGGGACAGCAGCUUGUAACAAAGCUAGUCACUGC